AUGACCAAGCUUGGUCAUUUCUCGGGAGAACCGGGCUAUCGGAAAGUAUCAAUAACACAUCAUCACGGCCUACGAGUUUGCUCCACAUGUAUGCGUUUGACCGAGGCAUCAUAUGAGAACUUCUCUAGCCUCAAUGGAUCAAAAACGACGGAGUCCCAUUCAACACCUUCCCAGUUGGAUAUUUACAUGGCCACAACCAUGCCCGCCGCUGCGCACCGGCAAGACAAGAUCUCGGGUGUCGUCACGGAAAUUCCAGUAGCAGGCUACUGGUCGCCGGGAAAGACGAUGGAAGAGCAAGAGCGGCGAUGGCGUGGACGGCAACAUCAACAACAACGCCCUCCCGCCGGUCCGCCGUCGCUCAACUUUACCAUUCAGGACAAGCGGACCGGCAUCGCCAUGUUUGUCAUAUUUACCUUUUUUGACAGUCUUGUACUACCCGUCGGGCUAUACUUUGCCCUGUGGUAUGGAUUCGGGCCGGGGAACCCCACAAACCAACCGCUGAGCGGGAGCAUCGUCAUGACGAUCGUCACGGCCAUCAUCGGGGGCACGAGCCUCUUGGAGCUGCUGCAACGGGCUUGGAGGCUUGGGAAGAAGGAUAGUCGUUGUCGGGUUUUUGGUGCUGAAUGGUGGCACUUUGACUGGUUCGAGUGGUGGUUUAUACUCUGUUGGAUUUUCAUCAUUAUUGAAGUUUCAAUCGCAUUCAUCCCAGACAACCCCAACAAACGCCUCAUGGCAAUGCCCGUCUCAACAGUUCUCCUCAUUUUCGGCACCGUCAGCCUUAUCGUCGAGAUCCUACGUUACUUUUCCAUCCCCUCCCCAGUCCGCAUCUCCUCAAUCCUCAAAGGCUCACAACUACGGCCUGGAAUCUACCCCUUGAUUGAAGACAUCUGCGCCGUCGACGGAUCGGGCAACACGGCUUUCCGCGAGAGCCUGAAUCGGCGGUACACCGACAGCGCCGUGUUCCGAGCCAUGCUGCAGCGGAUGGGAGUCUUUUGGGCGCUGGGCGCAGAGUGUUGCGCAAUCACGACGCUGGCGCUGGUGUUUGCGCUCGACGAUGGUCUUGACGAUUACGCCUACACGAUCGGGUGGGCCCUGCCGUGGGUUUGGGCGGGGCCUUGGGUGCUGGUUACGAUUUUCUACGUCAGGAGGGAGUUGGAGAAGGAGCAGAGGGUCUGGGCGCUCGAGAUGGAAUCGUAUCGUAUAGUGUAG